AUGGCACGCAAGCUCCGCGAUUCCAAAGCCUUCAGGGCCUGCCAUUGGCCCGUGGCCACGCGCAGUCGACGCCGCGCCCUGUUCCGGGCGGCCAUUGCGGCCCUCGUCUUCCCAAUCCUUCUGCAGUGGUUCCUGGCGUACAUUGUUGGCAGCGAUGCACGGCUUCUGCCGCCGGAGCUGCUCCGCGCAAAGAACCUGCUUGUCGUGACGGCGCAUCCCGACGAUGAGUGUCUCUUCUUUUCGCCCACCAUCUUGGGCAUCCUCGAUCGGAACCGUGCCGUCAAUGGCGGUUUGCUAGUCAUGUCGACUGGAAACAACUACGGCAAAGGCGAUACGCGCAAAGAAGAGCUCAAGGGGUCGUGUCAGGCGCUUGGCAUCAACCCAUCAAGAUGCGAGGCCUUCAACCAUCCUAGACUGCAAGAUAAUCCCAAGGUCUGGUGGGAUACGGCUUUGAUCCACUCCAUCAUUCGGGAGUAUGUCAAGAGAUGGGACGUUGACGCUAUCAUCACCUUUGAUGAGGGCGGUGUGUCCGGUCACAUUAACCACCGAGCUGUCAGCGCAGCCGUGAGCGAAUACGUCACGAGCACCAAAGACGCUCCCCCAGCAUACAAACUCGUCACCACCGGAGUCCUCAGAAAGUACACGUUCCUCUUUGACCUGCCACUGACGGCACUGUCCUUCUUCUGGCGCAUCGCUCUGCUGGCCAACUCGUUGCAUCGUUAUGCCCUGACGCGCGCCGCUUUUGCGAGCCACAGCAGCCAGUACUCGUGGGACCGCCACUUGUACAUGAUUCUGAGCCGAUAUGUGUGGUUUAACGAUCUGAGGAGGAUACCCGCGGCAUCGUCAUGA